AUGGAACCAAGCCCAGAAUCCCUCCUGGCCCUCGUGGAGUUUCCCUACGAGGUUCUCUCGGAGACUUACUACACCCGACCAGAUCACGAGCUUGUCAGUAUGACCUCCUGCCGCCCGACCAUGGGCGCACAUGCUUCCAAGGUCUCGCUUCCUUCUCUCACUGAAGAAGUCGAUGAGACGGACACGGUUACGUCCUUCGAAUAUACAUCGGGAAUGGGGUAUUUCCUCCAGAGCGUUCGCCUCUCAACGAUACUAGGACGGAUACUGGUCCAGGUCUACCAGCCGUGGAGAAGCAAGUCUAGAGGGGACCAGACGAACGCAGAGGAUCACCAUUGUAGCAAAUUCGACACCAUGAUUGGAACUGGCGUGCUUCGAAUCUUCAGACCCAGCGUCUCCUUUAUCCAGAAGUCCUCUCCGGUCAACACUGACAAUUGA